AUGAGGGCAGAGGGCACAUCCCCCCUCCUGGCUCUGGGGCUCCUGGUGGCUGGGCUCUGCUCCAGUGUCCGCUGCCUCCCAGGGGGCGGGCUUGACCCGGAGGAUGUGACCCCAGAGGACCAACACAAAGGGGUGCCUGUGGACGACCACACAUUCGUCUCCAGCAACACUGACUUUGCUUUCAGUCUCUACAAGCAGUUGGCUUUGAAGACCCCCAAUGAGAAUGUCAUCUUCUCCCCCCUGAGCAUCUCCAUGGCCUUGGCCUUCCUGUCCUAGGGCGCCCGCGGACCAACCCUGAUGGAAAUCCUGGAAGGCCUCAAGUUCAACCUCACAAAGACCCCUGAGACAGAAAUCCACCAGAGCUUCCAGCACCUCCUGCAGAUGCUCGGCCGACCCAGCAACCAGCUGCAGCUGAGCGUGGGCAACGCCAUGUUCGUCCAGGAGCAGCUGAAGCUUCUGGACAAGUUCAGGGAAGAUGCCCGGGCGCUGUGUGCCUCCGAGGCCUUCUCCACCGACUUCCAGGAUUCCGACACUGCCAAGAAGCUCAUCAACGACUAUGUGAGGAAUAAAACCCAGGGGAAAAUUGUGGAGUUCUUCAAGGACCUUGACAAGCUCACAAAUAUAGUCCUGGUGAAUUAUAUAUUCUUUAAAGCCCAGUGGAAGAAGCCCUUUGAUCCCAGCCGUACUUAUAAGUCAGAGUUCCACGUGAGCGAGAAGAGGACGGUGGAGGCACCCAUGAAGACCACUGGGGGCCUGGAAACGCCUUACUUCCGGGGCGAGUUGCGGGCCUGCACCGUGGUGGAGCUCAAGUACACCCGCAACGACACCAAGCCCCUCAUCCUCCCUGACGAGGGCGAAAUGCAGGACCUGGAGGCCGAGUUGCUCCCAGAGACGCUGAGGAGGUGGAGAGACUCACUGCAGCCCAGAUGGAUAGAUGAACUCAACUUGCCAAGGUUUUCCAUCUCCAGCGACUAUGAGCUGAGAAACAUACUUUCCCAGCUGGGUAUUAAGAAAGUCUUCAACCACGAGUCUGACCUGACAGGGAUCAUAGAGGCCAACAAGCUGGGGGUUUCCGAGGUGAGUCUUUAA